AUGUAUGCGAUUAGAAGUGCACUCGGGACAACUUCUAUUUUAAGAAAUACGCAAGAAGCAUUGGGAUUCAUUAGAAUCAACAAAGAGAUGCCGGAAAACUAUCCGUCGUUCAUUGUUGAUGCGUUCACCUCAAAAAGCUUCGCAGGAAAUCCGGCAGCAGUCUGUCUAAUCCCUCAGGUUCUAAAAGAUGAAGCAUAUUUAAAAGUAGCAGCGGAGUUCAAUCUUUCUGAAACUGCGUUUCCCGUUCCAAUCGGUCCAUUUGAUUUCAAACAAUGUUCUCAAUUUUCUCUUCGCUGGUUCACUCCGAAAACCGAGGUUCCAUUGUGUGGGCAUGCAACACUUGCCACAUCGCAUGUUCUUUUCAAUGAAAUCGGAAAUGUUAACACUGAAAUCAAAUUUGACACUCAAUCCGGAGUUUUGAUUGUAAAGAAGGAUGAAUCUGGGAAUGUAGAAAUGGAUUUUCCUGAAUACGAUUUGACAUCGAUCAAAUUCAAUGAUACCCCAAAUCCACUUCAUGGAAUCUUAUCAGAAGUGAGGUUUACGAGUUUCAUUCACAAAAAACGUUUUCAAUUACAGUUCGAAGCCCCGCCAUUUUUAUUGAACAUCAUCAAAUGUGCCGUUCCAGCUGAGAUGUCAAUUGAAUCCGUUGUGUAUUCUUCGAAAUCGAAAAAAUUAGUCAUAGUGGUUGAUCCAGAAACCACAAAAUUCGAAUUAGAGUCAUUGAAAACUGACAAUUCGAAAAUGUUGGAACUUCAUGAUGGUAGCUUUGUCCGAGGACUGGCUAUUACUUUUUGCCCAUCAAAUCCAUUGACUCAAGGAUUCACCGAUUCAUCAAACGAACCAUAUGACUACGUCUGCCGAUACUUUGCUCCAUGGGUUGGAAUCGAUGAAGAUCCAGCAACUGGUUCUGCUCAAUGUGUGAUGGGACCAUUCUGGUCAAUUAUGUUGGGAAAACACGAGUUGUAUGCUCUUCAGGCAUUCCCUGGGCGUGGAGCUCAAUUUCGAGUACGUCUUCGCGACGAUCGUGUUGUCUUGAACGGACCAUCUGUGACAAUUCUACGAGGAGAAAUCGCUCUAAAUCAUUAUUAA